AUGCAGAAAACCAAACUCUUAACCAAAUACCUCUCCAUUAACACAACAAAAACAUCUCAAAACUGGAGAAACCAAAUCAACCACACACAUCUACUCUCUCAAAUCUCCUCAAUUCUUCAACAAAGACACAACUGGCCUUCAAUCCUCCAAACCCUAAACCUCAAAUCCAAAUUAACCCCAUCUCUCUUCCUCCAAAUCCUCAACACAACCCAAAUCCCACCUCAAAUCACCUUACAUUUCUUCAAAUGGGCAAUCAAGAACACGUCUUUUCAACCAGACAUUCUUGUUCAAUGCAGAAUGACCCGUCUGUUAAUCGGGUCGGGUUUGGUUAACCCUUCAAAACCCAUCUUGGAUUCUCUAUUACAAAACAACCCACCUGCUCAAAUUGCUCAAUCUUUGAUCAAAAAUCAAAACUUUUGUAGUUCAGAAUCUUUGUCAGUAUUUGAUUGUGUUCUUGAUUGGUAUUGUGAAAAGGGUUUGUGUGUUCAAGCUCUGGAGUUUUUCUGUUUUGUUAGGAAUUUGGAUGGAUAUGAGGUGUUUUCGGUUCGUUCGUGUCGUAAUUUGCUUAAUGUGUUGUGUGAAAAAGAUGAGGUUAAGCUUUGUUUGUGUUUUUAUGGUGGUAUGAUUCGAAAUGGGGUUUUGAUUGAUCGGUUUAUGUUGCGUGUAAUCGCUAAAGUGUUUAGUAGACAGGGGAAGGUUGAUGCAAUUCUUAAAUUGAUCGAUACUGGUGUAAAUGAUCCGUUGAUAUAUGAUUCAGUGAUAGAUUGUUGUUGCGAAAUGGGAAAGUUUGAAGUUGCAUUACACCUGUUCGACCAAAUGUCUAAGAGAAAAUUAAAUCCGGGGUUUAAUACUUUUGCUUCGGUUCUUAAUGGUGCGUGUAGAUAUCAGAACAAUGAAAUGACUGAAUUCGCGAUGGAAGCCAUGGCUGAAAAAGGGUAUGCUUCAAAACCUUUAGCGAAACACGAUCCGAUCAUUCAGAAGCUUUGCGACAUGAGAAAGAGUUAUGCAGCAGAGAUGCUGUUCAAGACAGCGUGUGAUGCGCAAAGGUCUUUGGAAAACAAGACUUACGGGUGUAUGAUCCGGGCCUUGUCUAUGGAAACUCGCGUAAAAGAAGCAAUCGAGAUUCAUCACAUUAUUGAACAAAGAACGGUUAAAGUCAACCCUGUCUUUUAUAACGAGUUUAUUAACAUUCUUUGCAAUGAAAAUGCAUCAAAAGAAGUUGAUAAUCUACUUAAAGAUUUGAUCUCAAAGGGGUAUAAACCAGGCUCAACCGCGCUAUCAAAAUACAUAACUUCUCAAUGCAAGAAACACAGAUGGAAAGAAGCAGAGGAGCUUGCAGAGUUGGCUCUGCAAGAAUCCAUUUUUCUUGAAUCUUCUUGUUGUGGUCUUUUGAUAAAACGUUAUUGCAACAGAGGACAGAUCGAUUUAGCCAUUAAUUUGCAUGAUCGAAUUGAGGAUAAGGAUUACUCCAUGGACUCAACAUCUUACAAUGCACUGAUAACUGGACUUUUGAAGGCGGUGAGGGUUAAAGAAGCUGAAAGAAUCUUUGAUUGUAUGAAAAUCAAGAACUUGCUUACUAGUGAAAGUUUUGUGAUCAUGAUUAACGGAUUUUGUCGUGAGAAUGAGUUGAAAAAAGCCAUGAAAUUGCAUGAUGAGAUGCUGGAGAGGGGAUUGAAACCGAGCCCGAAAAUAUAUAAACGACUGAUUUGUAAUUUCAAGUAA